AUGAUUGGUCAAUUCUUCAAGUUCGUGCUGCUAGCUGCAGAUUCCUGUAAACUGCUGAGUCAGGUGCUGACGUGCCUGGACCAGCGGACGCAGCAGCUGCGUGCGUCCGUGAAGGGGCCACGCGGGUCGACCACGCUCACGGCGCCGACCUCUAACAACCUGGCAUCGGUGUCGAGCGAGGCGGCGACGGUGCGGGAGUUAAGCAAGUGCCUCGACCUCCUGGAGACAAUCCGCAAGAUGGGCUCCAAGACAAGGGUGCCUGUGGUUGGUAUACCGCGAAGGCGUCACCGCACGCAGCACCGCCACCAGGAGAAGGGCCAGAGCAACAAAGUCGUCUUCGCCAAGGAGAAGCGGGAUUUCCUUAGUCUGUUAGGCCUACCCGGCUCCAUGAUCUCGGAAAAGGGCAUCGACUUCAGCGUGAGGCCCAACACGGCGUCGGCGCUGCGCCGCCAGAGCGAGGAGAAGAAGACCAACAGCAGCACGGCCAAGAAGGUCCUCCUGCAGUUGCUACCGUUCAGCAAGCGGAAGGGCUCCGUCAGCCCGCACCCGAAGAACGACGUGUCAGAGGAAGAGGACGACAUCCCCGCCGACGCGCGCUCCACGCUCUCCUGCGACACCUGCAGCUCCGCUGACAGCAGUGAGACGGAAGAGGAAGUGGACGUGGCCCCUGACCUGGCCGUUUUGGGCGCCACAUACGCCCACAAGGAAUCCGUUAAGCCGCCGCCCUUCCGCGACUCAGGCAGCACCUACGUCUCGCUCGACCUGGAGAAAAUCGGCAUCAAGAACACCCGGGGUGUUGUCUGCCCCUUCGCCAGGGUGUCCCUCAGAGAUGCCCAGGGAGGUAUGGUUGGAGCGGGGUCGACCCAGGAGACGUCGGAGUGGGAAGUGAUCAACAAAAACUACCUGAGGGCGCCGUCGCAGGUACACCUACAGCGCCCCCUGGAGGAGAUGUCUGAAGACGUCGCCAUCUUCAUAGAACUGCGUCACUACAAGCCACAGAAAGGAGUGAUCUCUACGCUGUGCUACACAUUUCUCGAGAAAGGCGACCUUAAAACGGGAGAUUUUAUCUGUGAAUUGUCAGGCCCGCCUGUGGACUUCAGCGCAGCUCUCUCAAGACCUAUACGGAGAAAGGCCUUCUUCCUGCCCACCUCCGAGUUCGACGUCAAGGCCGAGCAGGACGACCAUGGCCUUGAUUUCCCCUCAGAGUAA